CAAGCAGCAUGACACGAGUUUUGCGGGAGGGACUGUGAACAAGUUGGAUCAAGUGGGUAGUGAUUGAACAAAGUAACAAAACAAAAGUGAAGGAUAUAGAGCAUUUUUGAAAGUGCUGUCAAACCUUGACGUGGUGUUUACGUGGCUUGGUAUUUGCUAAUCGAGCUCCGUCUAUUUUUUGAAACUUUUCGCAAGUCUCUUGGCUUUGCGAGUCUCCCUAACCGUUACUUUGGAAUCGGCUCCGAUUUAUAACAUGGCCGGUGCAAUGUUGUUUGAACGUUCCCAAACGUUCUCAAAUUUUUCUCAAAGCGAAAUAGAGCGAAUCGUCUCCGACCCGAGCAUCGCUGACGAUGACGAGGACAACAUCCGUAUCAAGGAACAGGGAAUCCUCCAGCUCGGGGAGCUUUACAAAAAGGAGGGCAAGGCUAAGGAAUUAGCUGACCUCAUCAAAGCUACUAGACCUUUCCUUAGCCUUAUCAGCAAAGCAAAAGCUGCGAAACUGGUCAGAUCCUUGGUUGACUUCUUCCUGGAUUUAGAAGCAGGCAUCGGUAUCGAGGUUCAGCUGUGCAAGGAUUGUAUAGAAUGGGCGAAGGAAGAACGCCGCACAUUUCUGAGGCAAUCCCUCGAGGCGAGAUUAAUAGCUCUCUACUUCGAUACUGAAAAGUAUAGCGAGGCUUUGCAGUUGGGAACGCAACUCCUGAAGGAACUCAAAAAACUAGAUGAUAAACAAUUACUAGUUGAAGUUCAACUCCUGGAGAGUAAAACGUACCAUGCACUCAGCAAUCUUUCCAAGGCUAGAGCGGCGCUCACGAGUGCUCGAACAACAGCUAAUGCUAUCUACUGCCCUCCUAAAAUGCAGGCCGCCCUCGAUCUUCAAUCUGGCAUUCUGCAUGCGGCCGAUGAAAGAGACUUCAAGACUGCUUAUUCUUACUUUUACGAAGCAUUCGAAGGGUAUCACAGCGUGGACUGCCCAAAAGCCUUGACAGCGCUAAAGUAUAUGUUGCUGUCUAAAAUCAUGUUGCAAAACCCCGAAGACGUUCAAACAAUCAUGUCCGGAAAACUGACUGUGAAACACGCUGGUAGAGAUUUGGAUGCAAUGCGUGCAGUUGCCGAUGCCAGUCAUAAACGCUCACUAGCCGAUUUUCAAGCUGCUGUCAAAAACUACCGCCAGGAACUUGAAGAAGACGUUAUCGUCAAAGCUCAUCUUGGAUCUCUUUAUGAUUCGAUGCUGGAACAAAAUCUUUGUCGUAUUGUAGAACCUUACUCCCGAGUGCAGGUGGGUCAUAUAGCGACCUGUAUAUCGCUACCCAUCGCUCAAGUAGAAAAGAAAUUGUCUCAAAUGAUUCUGGAUAAAAAGCUGAAAGGAGUUCUUGAUCAAGGCGAGGGUGUCUUGAUCGUCUUCGAGGAUACACCUCGCGAUAAAACCUACGAAAUCGCCCUGGAAACCGUACACAGUAUGGGUAAAGUCGUGGACACCCUCUAUCAGAAAGCCAAGAAACUCACCUAGCCCUAUUUAAUAUGAAUUUAUAUAUUAAAUCUAUUAUAAUUAUUAUUACUAUUAUUGCCGAUUAGCUACCAUAAUUAAAAACUAUUAAUUAACUGUGGUUUUUUCUUGCUAAUCCGAAAUUCUAUCGCGCCUCUUAAUUUUCUAAUCGCGUACUUAACACCGUGGCAUUUUUUAAUUUACUCAAAGCUCAAAUUAAUAGGAAUCACUUUAUAAUAUUCCCUGAGUUGUAUAAUCAAAGGUAAACAAGUAGUAAUAAAAAUAUUAUUGGUAGGUUUUCAAAGUUAAAAUUUACGAAGAAUGGAAUAAAAUUUUAGUGCUGAUCUGA